GGUCAGACUUUUCACAUGAGAUGACUUUCUUCCUUUGUCUCAUUCGAGCCACUCUCGUCAUUUUCCGAUGUCUUCGGUUGCGUUCCUCGAUCUGAGGCCUCCUCCUGCACCACCACCGGAGUCUCCUUCUCCGCCGACUCCACCUGAACAACCAGACCCACCGGACCCUCAGAUUUGCCUCUCCUUUGAUGUUUCUCUUGCUCAGCCACCGACGAUGAUGAGUCUCCCACUCCUGCCUGCAAAGUCGCUCAAUAGCAUUGGACUGCUGCGUCUUGACGAGUCCCUCUUUGCUAUCUGGUUUGGAGAGCUUGAUGUUCGUCUAUAUCUGACCACUUCGACCACCGCCAUUUUUGGAGUUCAUUGCUAUCUCGCCGACGCCCUCACCUUCUCUCCUCAAAUCACCCUUAUCACCUUGAUGCGAUCACUUACUACAGUAUGUAGAUUAUGUCUCGAUUUGGCUUGGCUAGAAAUUGUCUUUUGGCAGCUUAGACUUAGAUCUUUGUUUCAGUUCAACCGGCCAGUUGAUCGGGUUCAUCGGAGCUUCCAUAGCUCUCAUCUCUCCUUUAUGGAGCUUUUUCUCCUCCUAACUACUUCACUUGUGUUUAGUAGUGUUACAAGGAGCAGUGUUAUCAAGACCGUUCUGCUUGAUGCAGAAGCGAAAAUUGUUGUUCAUGACUAUUUUUGCUCAGCUUUUGCUUGCUGUUUGGCGUUAUCGACUCGGGAGGCUUUGUUUUCUCCUCUUUGCAUCUCGAAGUCUUUAAAUUCCAUGUUGCAGGUAGGGCUUCUUGUCUCUGCAGUUUGGGUUGGACGUUUACAAGUUAUGAAUGUACCUUGUAGCGGAAGCACUUGCAUUGUGCAGUGCGCUCUUAUCGGCAGUCGGUCAGCUGGAUUUUGCCUCUCCAACGGUGUUGUGGGACUCUCUUGUCCUCGUUUGUCUCAUCAACGCUAAGGAUAGUACUUCAAAGCUAAAAGGGAUCUUCCUUGAUAUAGCUUUGUUAUGUAACUCCUUUGCACCUAUCUUUUGCUGUUCUUCCACAGACGGUCUUUGUUUUAGCCGAUUGCUUAGCUUUGUUUGCCCUUGUGGCUUUUUCCAAUUCCUCCUCUCUUGGAGUGUAAGACAUUUCUCUUAUUUAUUCAAGUUCAGUUUGUCCAAAAAAAAAAGAAAAUCAAAUUAGCAUC